UUCCGCAAACACACUCGACGCAAACUGCGCAGCACGUGUCUCUGCCCCAGUAUACCCCAGCAUCGCCGCGCAUGCGCAACGCCCGUAGAUGGGCUGUGUGGGACGGGAAGUGGGGGUAGCGAAGAGCGCGUGCAGAGUUGGCGGGAGGCCGGCGGAAGCAGUCAGUGUGCCCUCUGCCGGCGGCGAGCAAUGACGAAGGGCGAGUGGCGCGUGGUUCCCGUAUUGGCGGCGCUGGGCGCGACCGCGAUCGUCGUGUGCUCGAGCUGGCCGCUGGCGAUGCACCUGUUGCUGCGCGCGGCCGCCGUCGCCGUGCUGGGGCUGGCCGUGGCCUACCACAGGCGUCUCAGGAUCAUCCUCACUGUGCUGCCCAGGGACCUCAGGGGCAUGUAUCGCUUCGUCCUAAUGCAGAUUCAAACGAAGAGGAUGAUGAGGAACAACUGCUCUGUCGUUUCGGAGUUCGAUGCACUUGUUAAGAAGCAUCCAGAUAAGUCGUGUUUCAUGUUCCAAGACUCUGUGUGGACCUACAAUGAUCUGCGCAAGUACAGUCUGAGGGUGGCGAAUGCGCUAGAGGCGGAGGGUUACCACAAAGGGGACGUGGUGGCGCUGAUGCUGGGCAACUGCGUGGAGUACGUGGGGCUGUGGCUGGGCAUGGCGCGGCUCGGGCUCGUCACCGCCCUCAUCAAUCACAAUCUGAGGAAGCAGUCCCUGCUGCACACGCUCAAGGUCUGCGCGGCCAGAGCCGUCAUCUUUGGAGAUGAAUUCGCUUCUGCUAUAGAAGAGAUAAGAUCAUUACUUGAUCCAUCAUUGAUAUAUUUCCAGUUGAACUGUAAAGGCAAUGAAACAUCUGAUUUCAAGGAUCUUGAUGCCUUAAUAUCAUCAGCUCCUGUUAGUCUGCCAUCUGCUGAACCACCAAAAUUUCAAGACCAGUUACUCUACAUAUACACAUCUGGAACCACAGGGCUACCAAAAGCAGCAAUGAUGCCACACUCAAGGUUUUUGUUGGUUGGAGCAGCAACUCGAAGUAUGCUAGGCCUGAGAGAUGAUGAUGUCUUCUACACUCCUCUGCCCCUGUAUCAUACUGCAGGCUGUGUAAUUGGAGCCGGAUGUGCUCUAGUUAAUGGUGUUCCUUGUGUCAUCAGAAAAAAAUUCUCUGCUUCUUCUUACUGGAGUGACUGCAUACAUUAUAAGUGUACUAUUGGCCAGUACAUAGGAGAACUGUGCCGCUAUCUCUUGUCAGUGCCACCUAAACCAGAAGACAAAGCUCAUAAGGUGAGAAUUAUGCUUGGAAAUGGCAUGAGACGAAAUAUUUGGAAGACUUUUGUAGAUCGUUUUAAUAUUAAGGACAUCAGAGAACUUUAUGGAGCAACAGAAGGAAAUACAAAUCUAGUAAAUCUUGACAACAAAAUAGGAGCAGUAGGUUUUCUGCCUCAGAUCCUUCCAGAAAAGUUGUUCCCAGUGGCUUUAAUCAAAGUAGAUGAAGAGACACAUGAAGUUAUAAGGGAUGAAAAUGGAUUAUGCCAGAAGUGUUCAUAUGGAGAACCAGGAAUAGUGGUUGGCAAAAUAAUAACCGGUGAUGAGACACGCCAGUUUUAUGGCUAUGUUGAUAAAGAAGAGUCAAGAAAGAAAAUACUUCAUGAUGUGUUCAAGAAAGGAGAUAGAGCAUUCUUUUCUGGAGAUGUUAUGGUAAUGGAUGAGUAUGGGUACCUUUAUUUUAAAGACAGAAUUGGAGACACCUUCAGGUGGAAAGGGGAAAAUGUAGCAACUGCUGAAGUGGAAACUAUUAUCAGCAACUUAACUGGCUACCAUAACAUCACUGUAUAUGGUGUUGAGGUACCGGGUGCAGAAGGCAGGGCAGGAAUGGCAGCUCUUGAAGAUCCAGAUCGGAAAAUAGAUCUAAAGAAGUUAGCAGAAGGUCUCGCUACAAAUCUUCCACAUUAUGCCCGUCCUAUGUUUUUACGAGUUGUGAAAAGUCUGGAACUUACAGGGACUUUCAAAAUAAAGAAAACUACAAUCCAGAAAGAAGGUUUUGAUCCUGCUUUAAUUAAAGAUGAUUUGUAUUUUCAUGAUGGAAAAGAAUUUGUUCCUCUUACUCAAGAACUUUAUAACGAAAUUGUGAGUGGGAAGUUCAGGUUGUGAUAAAUACAUUUUGUGUGUGGUCUGCUGUAGUCAGAUCUGGAACAAAGACUGCUGUGUGCUCAUAGUUCCUUUAUACUGUGUGGUUAAAAACUGAUAUAGAAGAUUCAGACUUUGUAAUCUGCGAAACUUUGACACCAUUUUUUUCUUUUUCCUUUUUUUUCCACAUUUGCCACGCAAAGAGAGUUGGAACAUUUUGCAGAUUAAUUAUGGUGAAUUCUUAACAAAGAAUAAAGUGUAAUAUGUCUCAGUUGCUUGAUGAUGACUGUAUUACAUUCCAAAUUUUAAACAAGAAAACUGUACAGAGCUGUUGGAAAUUUUUACUGUUCUUGAGAUGUAAUACAUAUAUCAACAGAAAGUAUUCACCAUAAAAAAGGAUCUGAAAAGAAAUUUCAUCAGUGUAAUCAAAUUCAUUACACAUUCAUGAGGCAUCACAUUGAUGUUAUAAACUUCCAUAAAUAAAAGAAACGUUAAUUUUUUAA